AUGUUUGGAGGAGAUGUUCAGGAGCCCGCAACAACUCGGCUGCUCAAGGAAGUGUCGACAGUAUGUAGCAAGUUGCUGUACGUUCUAGGGAAGUCAUGUUACGCGCACAAAGGGGAAGAACUGAUAAAAUGGGACAUUUUCGGUCCGUUUAUCGUAUCGAUGAUAUUCCCCCUCACGGUUUACUUUCCAAGAUCAGGCGGAGAUGUUGAUUCACGGAAUCUCGCAUUUUCGCUUUUCUUUUCGUUUUUGUGGUUCAUGAGUCUUUUGACAGCUUUAAACGGUUGCCUCUUAGGAAUAAACCUGUAA